UUCAACCACUAGAUUUACUGCUAUAUGGUGGCAAAUCAGGAGCAGUACACAAGUUGCCAGAAAAUCAUUCAUGGCAGUGAAGGAAGGAAACACAAGCCAAAAUAGUUGUCACCAACGGCAGCAUCAACAAGUUUGUGAUCCUUGCAAGUCUUUUGGCCAGAAGUGCAGUCACGUUGUCAAGAAGCAGCGUGCAAAAUUCUACAUUCUUCGUCGUUGCAUUGCUAUGCUUUUGUGUUGGCAUGAACGUGGAGAGCACUGAGUUUCUCUCUAUAUAUAUCAUUAUAAGAUUGUAACAUAAAGGGGUAACUAUAUAUGUCAUGCUAGUAAUUGUUACUUUUUUUCUUAUAGAAUUGCAUUAU